CCAGCAAUUUUUUUACUCCUUCCCGAGUUUCAAUGGUCUCGCUCUAAGAUUGCCUCUAAAAUGAAGUACCCAACUGGUUCACUUGCAGCCGGCUCAUAUUAUUGUCUCUCUCAUUGCAACACUCUUGGUAGUCGGUACUCGUCACUUUCUCUCUCUAUCUUUCUCUUCUCACUCUCUUUUUCUCUGCGAUUAACAAGGGCCUGUUGGGUGAACCAUUGGCUGCUUGCUUAAUGCCUGAUAAGAAGGCCUUGUGAUCUAACUGGAAGUAGUAUGAAGACUAGUAAAGGCAUGGUUUUGACACUUGCAGAGAGAUGCAAGAAUAUCUUGGGGGCAAACUGUCAUGGUGUCCUUUAUACCGUAAAAGCUGAUGCUAAAGGAAGCAAUGAGGAGAUUCACAGUUCGAAGGUUCCAUACGUAUUCAGGAGGGGAAGGCCCUAUAUUUGGAUACCUAAGGAUGACUCACACAAUGUGAAUACAAUAAUGGAUGAGCGUGGUUCUUUCUCAGUGAUUAGUACUCUUCCUGGUUCACUCAUGAGCUUACUUAGAUCUGUGAAAAAGUUACCAUCACGGGUUGCUUUGACUGGGGAUGUCAUGCCUCUGAAAGAAGACAAGGUUCAUUUGGCUGUCGAAAGCUUCAAAGAAACCAUAAGCUUGGAAAGAGAAGCAAUUAGUCAUGCUGGUUACCCGGUGUCUGGUGUUCUAAGUUCUUCUUGUCCCAACUGCAAAACUAGAGGUGACAAUCUCCAGGAGAUAUUGGAUAGAAUAAAAGACUAUACACUUUGUAAGUUUGACAUAAGGUCAUGUACAUAUAUGGAUGGCCAUGGAGUAAGCCAUGAAGUGGAUCUAGUUGACGUUCGAGCUUCUAAAACAGAUCCUUUAUCACCAUUUACAGAGAAGCUAAUUGAUGGGAUCAAUCAAAGUCAAGCUAGGCGCAGGGCAUUGAUGCUUUUCUGUUUUGUAUACUUGAAUGCUAAUGCACGGGAUGCAUUUAUGCUCUCUGUCGAUAGGAAAGGAUUUGACAUCCUUGGCAAAGUCUCAGGUGCAGUCAGCAAGGAUAGGUUUGGAGAAUAUGAAUGGAAAGAGUUUAGAAUACCAUUCCCGGAAGAAGUUGGUGACAUCGAGUCUUUUUGCCAGAAACUUGUAGAAAUGGAGGAAGAAGCGGUGAAGAAUGUCCAAAGUUUCAGUGGCCUUGGAUGAAACUUUCCCGGAGCUCAAUGCAUGACUUGGUAUUUCUUUUUGGCAGUUUAGUGGAACUGGAAACCUAUAGAUAAUACAAGGGUUUCAUUCAAAACAAGUUAAUGCCGGCAAAUGAGAGGGGGGUGGGCAGGUCUACUCAAGGCAUUUGAGAGAGAGAGAGAGAGAGAGAGAUGCUUUUGAAACCGUUGUUCUUGUGAAUAUGUAAGAUUUAUUGACCCUUCAUGUAGCAAAAGGGAGAAAAAAUAUUUGCUGUUAUUUAUUUGCAACAAACAGGAUACAGUUAUUAUAUCCAAGCGCCCCUCAACAAGAGUGUUGCAUACUA